AUGGCAUCGUCUACCUCCUCCUCCUCCCCCUCUUUCUUCUUUCCUUCCUCAUUGUCCUCGUCUUUAAGGCGUUUCAAUGCCGUGAGAAAUAACGACAAGAACAGAAGGAGAAGGUGGGCGAUGCGUUUCGCUUCUAACGAGAAAACUAGGAGCGUUUAUUGCAACGACAAGCGUCGUGAUAAAAACGACACGAACACGAAUGACAAGAACAAGAACAAGAAGAAGAACGAGAACAAGAAUAAAAAGAACACAGAACACAACAAGCGAAACAGACGGGAUUUUGUAUCCUUCUCGUCUUUGGCGAUUUUGACGACGUCUUUGUCGUGCUCUGGAACUUUCGCUGAAAAAGCUGAAGCAGCAAGAGAACCUUUCUGUGGCUACUAUGCAGACGUCGACUCUCCCGUGUCGCAGGCUGCGUACCAAAGCACGUUUUCGGAGGGCUACGUGAACAAUCUGCAAACGUUCGUGAGACAGGUGGGUAAAUUUAAGAAGGGUAACAAGACGUGCCUUCCAGUGCUCGUUUUGCACGACCAGCGUCUUGAUAUGAAAUAUCUCGAAGCCAUUGAAAUCUUAGCGUUCACCCCCGACGAUUUCCGAAGGGAGAUUUUCUUCUACGACCAGUUAAACCGAGGAAAGUCGAAACAUAAAUUAGACUCAAAUGCGAAUCUAGAUGAUUUUUUACUCGAGGAACUUGCUGGCGUUCGGAGGGAAUGCGGUUUAGCAGACGAGGGCAUCCACAUUAUCGCGCACGGCACCGGCUGCGAGCUUGCGCUGAAACACGCGUUACAGAGUAAAAAUCUCGUACACAGUUUGACGCUAAUCGGCUGCGGAUCUUCGUCAGAGCGAAAUAAGAAAGAUUUCGAAAGUCUGCAAUUUCCCACCGCAGAUGCUCGUAAUACUGCAACCGACGAUUUUUACGAGCGAUAUUGGACAAACAGAGGCAAAUCGGGCACGUGUUUCUCAAACGCAACUUCGGCGCUAAAAUAUGUUUCUUCAUUGGAAAAUGAUUGGGACGUAAAGAAGCUCUUAGCAUCGGUCAAGAACGAAAUACCGGACACUUUACGGGGUAUUCGGGUCGUUCGAGGUAUAAAUGAUGUGAUAUCGGAGGGCAACGCCAAUGAGUUAGUUUCUUCGUUGAAUGAAGCGAAAUUCGAGAACAAGAGUAAAGUGAGAAAUUCCUUGUGUUCGUUUGAUAACAACAUUGAGGCGGCGGCAUCUUGCGUGCACUUAGACCGAGCGGAAUAUUUUCUAGAUACGACGUCAACGUACAUCUUGAAAAUCGAAGAAGAACUCGUAGCGUAG